AACGCAUCUUUACUCCAAUUCUAGUAGUUCAUAUUGUGAUAAAACUGAAGAUGUUGCCGUUUAAAGUGUUCAGUUUAGCUGUUUUAAUAGUGGUGGUUUCUUCACAAGGUUUACCAGGUUUGACUGGAGCUAUGGGUGGAGCUGGUAUGUCAGGAGGUAUGGGUGGAGCUGGUAUGUCAGGAGGUAUGGGGGGAGCUGUUAUGUCAGGAGGUAUGGGUGGAGCUGGUAUGACAGGAGGUAUGGGUGGAGCUGGUAUGUUUAACGGUAUGGGUGGAGCUGGUAUGUUUGGAGGUAUGGGAAUGAUGGGAAGCCCAUUUAUGAAUGCCGAUAUGAUGGAUACAUUGAGUGAUAUGUAUGGUAGUAGAAUGGCUAUGCAAGGCUUAGGAUUUGGAUCAGGACUGGGAAAUUUUCCAAUCCUAGACCACAGUUUCCCAUGGGACAAUUUCUUCCACAAACAGGAGCUUGGGGUAAAGGUGGAGGCAAAGGUCGUCCACCAACUCAGACAUUUACUGGUAUUGGUGCUAUCGUCAAAACUAUUUCCGGUAUUGGUGGUGGUAAGGGUGGUCCUCCAAGCAAACCUAUCACUGAUCCUCUCUCUGGCCAAGUCAGAAACGACUUCGCGUAUUUUCCAAGGACAACGUAUUAAGUAAAUGAUUUUGGUUGUGGUAUCAAAAUAUAUAUGAAUAAUAUUACCGCUAAAACGGAAAUACACACCAAAGCGAUACUCCAAUGAAAAA